AUGAGUGAACAAUCAUUGUCAUCAAUACAAUUGACUGAUGAAGAAACUGAUAUUCUAGAAAAUGACUAUGACAGUCUUCUGUAUGGCCUCAUUCAUUUUGACAAGCCAGAAGAUCUACCACGCCGGCAGUUCUUACUUAUGGCUAUACAAUUCUAUGAAGACAAAGUGCGCAAUGAAAAAGAAUCAUUACAAAUAACUCAGUAUUAUAUUAAUAUUGGCCAUUGGCAUCUAUUACUAGAAGAUUUUUCUAAAGCUCUUUCUGCAUAUCAAGCAGCAUACGCAUUAGACACAAAACUGAAUCAAAAUGCAGAAUUCCUAUUUGGACUUGGUAUUGUUUAUCAUCAUUAUGGUAUCGAUAAUCAUGCAAUACGUGCCUAUAAACAAGUUCUUUAUGUUGAUAGUCAAUUUCCACGUCGAAGUGAUAUUCAUCUUCGUCUAGGAUUAAUUUAUAAAAAACUAGGCGAUUAUUCAUCAAGUUUAAAGUAUUUUCAACGUGCAUUGGGCGAUUCGAAUAGUGUUUGUUCGUUAACACGUUCGGAACUAUCGUAUUUAAUCGGUUUUGUUCAUGAACAACAAGGACAUUUAGCUGAUGCUGAGAGCCUUUAUGAAAAAUUAUUACUACAACAAGAUGUAGUCGCAACAAAAUUGGAAGGAAAAGUUUUAAGACAAAUUGGUUGGCUUUACUUUUAUGCGCCAUUAACGAAUAAUUCAACUUUAGAUAGUUUAAAUGUCGAAAGAGAAAAUCAAAUAAAAAAAGCUAUCACUACAUUAGAACAAGCAUGUAAAUGUGAUCCAACAUGCGGAAUAACUUAUUAUUAUUUAGGACGAUGUUAUGCAGCAUUAAGAAAGCAUACAGAAGCUUUUUAUACAUAUAGAAAUUGUGUUGAUAAAUUAGAUCAAAAUGCUGAUGUUUGGUGCUCAAUUGGCGUUCUUUAUCAACAUCAAAAUCAAACGAUGGAUGCAUUACAAGCAUUUGUCUGUGCAAUACAAAUUGAUAAUAAACAUGCUAUAGCAUGGAUGGAUUUAGGAAUUUUAUAUGAAACUAGUGGACAAGCACAAGAUGCACUUUUUUGUUAUAAAAAAGCUAUUAUAGAUAAAGAUGAAUCUUGGAAUCCAGAUUUAAUAAAUCGUAUUAAUCAAUUGCAAUCGUGCCUUGCUCAAAUACCUGAAGGUGCUAUUGGAAAACAACCCCGUGGUCCAUUGCCUAAAGUAGAAGAAGCUUUCACACUUCCAAUUCCUGUUGAACUAACUGCAAAACAACAGCAAAUGGCAACUGCAUCAUCGACAAAUACUUCUCUGCCAACAUCAUCCUCAAAUAAUCUAUCAACUCAACAAUGUCCAUCAGCAUCUGAGAUUGCCUCAACGACUCCAUCAUCUAUUCUAACUACUAAUGUGAAACCACCGAUUGAUGUCGUUCGUAUUGAUAAACGUUUAUUAACCAAUGAUCAAUCUAUACGACCGAAACCUAUUAAAACUGAACAAACCUUAUCAUUUACAAGUAAUGCAAGUUCAAUUGAUCUACAACAAAUGAUUAAAUAUUCAACAUCGCCAUUGCCACCACUACCUGUAUCAUAUUUACCUGAUGGUCAUGUACCAAAACCACCUCAAAUACCUAAAAUUGGAUCUCUUGAUCUUAAUCCUGCAACGCCCAGUGUUAUUUUAGAAACACGACGUGAAGCAACAUCAGCACAAUUACAGCAAUAUUGUUUAUCGCAACCGAUAUGUAUUGUACGCGGUCUAGCAAAUGUACUUAAACUUGAUUUAGGUUUAUUUUCAACGAAAACACUUGUUGAAAGUCAACCUGAUCACACAAUUGAAGUACAUACACAACGACAACAAGCCAUUGAUGAAAAUUUUGACUUUUUAUCAAUGACAACACCAUUGAAAAAUGUUUGGAAAUAUCAAUCAACACGUUCAUAUACAACUAUAGCUAAAUAUGCACAAUAUCAAGCUUAUUCUUAUCAUGAUAUGGUUAAAGAUGAACUGAACGAACCAAUUUUACCUAUAAUCAAUGCAAACAAUGGAUCAAUAGCAAAUUCUAAUAUGAUUAUGACUAAUGGAACUGCGAAAAAGACUAUCAAUAAACCACCAACCAACACUUACUCUCUUUCAUCGAUUCGCAUAAUAAAGUCUGGUGCUAAUGUUGAUUUAUCAGAUGAACGAAAAUGGACUGCACAAUUAUCUGAAUUAACUAAGUUACCACUAUUCAUGCGAGUUGUAUCGGCAGGAAAUCUUUUAUCGCAUGUUGGCUAUACAGUCUUGGGUAUGAAUAGUGUACAAUUAUAUAUGAAAGUACCUGGAUCAAGAGCACCAGGUCAUCAAGAAAAUAAUAAUUUUUGUGCAAUCAACAUUAAUAUUGGUCCUGGAGAUUGUGAAUGGUUUGCUGUUGCAAGCGAAUAUUGGGGUGUUAUGCAUACGCUAUGUGAAAAACAUGGUGUUGAUUUUUUAACUGGAUCAUGGUGGCCUUUAUUAGACGAUUUAUAUGAUGUUCAAGUACCUGUUUAUCGUUUUGUACAAAAACCUGGAGAUCUUGUUUUUGUUAAUACCGGGUGUGUUUAUUGGGUACAAUCAAUUGGUUGGUGUAACAACAUAACCUGGAACGUCGGUCCAUUAACAUAUAAUCAAUAUUAUGCAGCUAUAGAACGCUAUGAAUGGAAUCGCUUGUGCUCAUGUAAAUCGAUGGUACCAAUGGUACAUUUAUCAUGGAAUAUCGCACGAAAUAUUCGUAUUAAUGAUCGUCAUUUAUUUGAAUUAAUUAAAUUUAUUUUACAUCAAUCACUGAAAUAUAUUCAAUUAACCUUAUCUUAUUUAGAACAACAAUUUGGUCGUGGCGUUGAUGUACGAAAGCAACUACGUGCUUUGCAUGAACCGGCACAUUAUUGUAUAACAUGUGAUUGUGAAGUAUUUAAUAUAUUAUUUAUAACUGAAAUUGAUCGUAAACAUGUUGUACGUUGUCUCGAUUGUACUCUACAACACGAUAGACAGCUAGAAAAUGUUGUAGUUUUAUAUCAAUAUACAUUAGAAGAUCUUAAAACAGUUUAUGACCAAUUUCAAUUAUACAUUUUACCAACAUUAAAUUCAACAGCACGAUCAAUAACAAAUACGUGA